AUGGAUGCCCCCGUACAGAUUUUCCGGGAGGAGUCGGACUCCACCUGCUCCCCAGGGCCCUGUCGUCCCCCCAGCACCAGCAGCAGCUGGCUCCUGGGCUGGGCGGACUACGACAGCAACACCACCGGGGCCUUCGGGGAUGCCCAGCAUAACCACACCAGCAUCUCCCCUGCCAUCCCCAUCAUCAUCACUGCUGUCUACUCAGUGGUCUUCGUAGUCGGCUUGGUGGGAAACUCUCUGGUCAUGUUUGUCAUCAUAAGGUACACAAAGAUGAAGACAGCAACCAACAUCUACAUUUUCAAUCUGGCUAUGGCAGAUGCACUAGUUACCACGACUAUGCCUUUCCAAAGCACUGAGUACCUGAUGAACUCUUGGCCCUUUGGUGAUGUGCUGUGCAAAAUAGUUAUUUCGAUUGACUAUUAUAACAUGUUUACCAGCAUAUUCACACUGACCAUGAUGAGUGUUGAUCGAUACAUUGCAGUGUGUCACCCUGUGAAGGCUCUGGACUUCCGUACACCUCUCAAGGCGAAGAUAAUCAACAUCUGUAUCUGGCUAUUGUCCUCAUCUGUUGGUAUAUCUGCGAUAGUUCUUGGAGGUACCAAAGUCAGGGAAGAUACUGCUAGCACUGAAUGCUCCUUGCAAUUUCCAGACAGAGAUUACGUGUGGUGGGACAUCUUCAUGAAAAUCUGUGUCUUUGUCUUUGCAUUUGUAAUUCCAGUUCUCAUUAUAAUUGUUUGCUAUACUCUCAUGAUCCUGCGCCUUAAAAGUGUACGGCUUCUCUCAGGGUCUCGAGAAAAAGACCGAAACCUGCGCCGCAUCACCAGGUUGGUUCUUGUGGUUGUGGCAGUUUUCAUUAUCUGUUGGACUCCUAUUCACAUUUUUGUGCUGGUUGAAGCGUUAGGGGAUGUGUCCCACAGUACUGCUGCUAUAUCCAGCUAUUACUUCUGUAUUGCUUUGGGUUACACCAACAGCAGCCUCAAUCCAAUCCUUUACGCUUUUUUGGAUGAAAACUUCAAGAGAUGUUUCAAGGACUUCUGCUUCCCCUUUAAGAUGAGGAUGGACAGGCAGAGCACCAGCAGAGUCAGAAACACUGUGCAAGAUCCGAGUUACAUGAGGGAAGCAGAUGGGACAAACAAACCUGUAUGA